UCCGACCGAACCUCCAGUCGCUGUUCACGGAGUUGCCGCCGACCCUUUCUCCGCUCCUCCGUCCGCUCUUCCUCCUCGUCAACUCAGCCUCGCUGCUGUCAGGUCAGCCGUGUGGACAGACAGACAGCAGCAGCCAUGGAGCAGAAGUCGUACGUCGAGUACCACGACCUGGAGGCUGCCGAAGCGCUCGUCAGCAUGAGCUUCUGGGGUCAAAGGUCGCACAAGCCCCGCCCACUGACGCCCACCUCUGACUCCUGUGACUCUAUCCAACUCCACUCGGAGGGCACAGAUACACCAAAAGACCUGAUCGCCCUCUCCUCGCUGUGUAUAACUCCGCCUCAAAGUCCAAGCUUCGCCGAGGCCUCCGCUACCCCCAUCCUCACCAUCGCCUCCAAACCGCACUUACCCUCCCCCGCCCUUCACAGCGACCCCCAUGCCAUCACUUCAGAGACCUCAGCACUUGCACCUCACUCAGAGUCGGCCUGUGUGGCUCCGCCCAGCAGAGCGAUGGCCACCAGUGUCAUCCGCCACACCGCUGACAGCCUCAGCCUUCCUCUGCCCAACACCGAGCUGUCAGAAACUUCCACGCAGCCUCCGCCACCACUUCUGCAGACGCUUCCAGAGGAGAAGGACGACCCUCCCCCAACUCCCGACACCCCCCCAUCGCCUCCCGCCUCAGCUUCUCCGCCUCACUCGCUGUCUUCCUCACCGCUGCUCUGCCAGGUUUUCCCGGUGAACGGCCGAACGGGGAUGAUCUCCGCCUUCGUCCAGGCCCCAGUUCAGGUGCAGGGGCCGGGCGGGCCCAAGCCCAUCCUUCCCCAGUCUCCCACUUCCAGCUUCGCCCAGCCGCUGCUGCUGGGCUCCGCCAUGCCGCAAGGGACCGUGAUGUUUGUGGUGCCACAGCCACCCGUGCCCCAGCCGCAACCAGGCCCGCAGACCGUCAUGACCUUGGGCAACACCAAGCUCCUCCCACUCGCCCCAGCUCCUGUUUACAUGCCGUCAGGAGCGAACAGCGGCACCUCGCAGGCAGACUUCUCUCGCAGACGGGACUACGUGUGCACCUUCCCUGGGUGCAAAAAGACCUACUUCAAGAGUUCACACCUCAAGGCUCACCUGCGCACACACACAGGCGAGAAGCCGUUUAGCUGUCACUGGGAGGGCUGUGACAAGCGGUUCGCCCGCUCCGAUGAGCUUUCCCGCCAUCGCCGCACGCACACUGGUGAGAAGAAGUUUGUCUGCAGCGUGUGCGAACGGCGGUUCAUGCGCAGCGACCAUCUGACCAAACACGCCCGACGGCACAUGACUACCAAGAGGGCAUCAUCGUGGCCCGGCGAAACCCGAGACCUCAGCAAAGGCGCCUUGCCAAAGGGUCAGAACAGAGGACCGGCGCUUCCUGUUGGCAUGCUGGUUCCUGCUGCCAACUAACUAACAGACUAGUGUCACUCACAGGGCCAUCUCAGGAGCCCCGGGGGGAGGGGCCAAACACCGACCAGACUCUUAAAGAGUGACUGUGACUGGUUGUUUCAAUCAGCUCCGCCCACCACAUCAGGACGAUGUUUUGUACUCGGCUACGUUUACACGACCUCAGAACAGGGUCAGACACACCUGGACUCGUUUUACAGGGACCUGUCCUGCUCACUUCCUGCUCUGAAGGGUAGCUUAGCAUGAAUGGCAGUUCAAAAUAAGCCUCAGUUAUCUGAAACCCGCCUUCCAUUCAUGAUCUCUAAAAAAAGCCACCAUGGCUCAGUUCUUACUGGCUUCUCAUUGGCCAGGGUCUGGAAGCCUGCUGAGGGGAGAACAGUAGAUUUAGCUAUAUUAGUAUAUGGAAGUUCAGGAAACAGGCGCCAUUGAGCGAGGGCGUUCUGUCCUUAACCGACCAAUCAGCAUGUGUUAGCAGAAUGCUAACAGCUUCACUGUGAGAAAAAUUAAAGAACCUUUAUUACCAGGAAGUGAUUGCUCUUCUAUAUAAGGAGAUCUGUCACUAGCUGAUGUCAGCUUGUCACAGAAGUGACAGGAAAAAAAAACAAAAAGACCCAAAAACCCUGUUGGUCCCAUGUUUGAUGUUUCAGCACAUGUAUGACGCAGACAGGAGAGCAGAGCAGGUCCCUUCAGGAGUUUAAGGCCGUCCUUCGAGUGGAGGAGGCGCUCAGAUGAAUCCAGUUCUUUUCUAUGUUCAUGCUGCCGAGAGUCAAACGAUCUGAGUGCCGCCGUUUUCCCGUUACUUUUGUUAACGUAGACAUAGCCGUCGUCAGCAGAAGACGGCAAGCUUUCUCCACCAUUCUCAGGACAUUUUGUUCCCACGAUCCACAAAUACACCGCCGCAGGAGGAGGAGGACCUGAAGGCACCAGGCUGCUACUCACUCACAGACACCCACACAAAGCCGAUGUUGCACUGGAAUAUUUUUGAAUCUCACUUGUUUUUGUACUCUCUCUCUCUCUCUCUCCCCCGCCGUGUACCAUCACGGCUGCGUCUUUUUAGCAACUCGUUAGCGACCUGUUAGCGACUCGUGUACACUCUUAUUGUUUGCCAAAGCCUCAGUAUCAUGCUUCUUAGCCCACUUCUGUUCUGACUGUAAAUACUGUAAAUAUCUUGAUAUCUAUAUGAGUGUUAUGUGUAAUCCGAUCUACAUUUAUUCACAGUACGAGAUAUUAAUAUUUUAAGAGUCUGUGGACAGUAUUCAUUACUGUGAUACUACCUACUAUCUUUGCUUUACACAUUAUUAUUAUUAUUAUUAUCAUUGUUAAUAUUAUUAUUAUUAUUAUUAUUAUUAUUUAAUAAACAUUUGUUGAGGAAAGUGCUGUUUUUGAUAGCUUGAUUUGGCCCAUAGUGUAGCCAGUAAAAAUACCUCAUGUUAUUAAAUGUUAUUCUUAAUAAUAAUAGCUUAUAUUAAAAUAAUCCUUUUCUUUUUCUUUUGAACAUUUGCCUGUACGCCACGGUGAUGGUGAAGAAAAAGGCUUUUAUAAUAAAAUGUUACCACGAG